UCCCUCUCUCCCAGGCCUACACACAGCCUCCCCCCACCCCCGGAACAAACGAGAUGACCGUCGGUGGAUCAUCCUGUGCUCCAUCAGAGUCACACUGAGGAUCGGCGAGUGCAGGCUGGCGGACGCAACCCAGCGCACGGAUCAGCAGGCGGGUGGCAGCAGUGCAAAACAAUUCGGAUUAGCCGCGUCAGCUAUGAACAUCCAUAACGUUAAGUAGAAGUAAACGCUCGCACACCACACAGUAACGCGUCGAGGAUGAGCGGGGCUGCAGCGGCCACAGGAUCGGCUUCUUGCCGUUUCGCCCACUAUUUUGUUGUGUGUGGAGUGGACACGGAGACGGGCCUGGAGCCGGACGACGGAGCAGGCGAGGCCUUCGAGCAGAGCCCCAUUCGACGGUCCUUCAAGUCAAAGGUUCUGGUGCACUACCCUGAAAACACAGACAGGAACCCCUUCAAUAAAGAUGCUGUCAACAUGCUCUGUAUGCCGAGGGGUCUUUCCUUUCGCACGCAGGCAGAUCCACUCGACCCUCAGUUUCACUCAUUCACCAUGUCUUUUGAGGAUGGCACACGUUCCUAUGGCUUUGUCCACACCUUCUACGAGGAGGUGACCAGUGCUCAGAUAAUCACUGCCAUGCAGACUCUCUACCAGAUGCAUCAUGUGGAGCACCACUCAGCUUCCUCUGCCUCCUCUCCCUCUUCCUCAUCUUCGUCUGCUUCCUCCCCUUCCACCUCCAGCAUGGACUCACUUGUGAGCAGCUUGGAUGAGUCAGACGCUGAGUCUCUGGCCGGGGUGUCUGGUUGCCUCGGCUGUGCAGGCUCCUUUGAUUCAGCACGGGACACACUAUAUGUCUCCAAAGCCCUCUGCCUCCUCACACCACUCCCCUUCCUUCAAGCUUCUCGACAGUUUUUGUCUCAGCUACACCGGGCUGUCGCGUCACACAUAGCUCCACCUCUCCCUCUGGAAAGCUACAUCCACAAUAUCCUGUAUGAGGUGCCACUGCCUCCUCCUGGCAGGUCACUGAGGUUCCAUGGGGUACAGGGACCCAUCGUGUGCCAGCGGCCUGGGCCGGGUGAGCUUCCAAUGGGGGAGUAUCCUCUUGGAGAGGCAUUCUCUCUGCUGGGUGUGGACAAUAUGGUGAAACUACUCACCUGUGCACUUCUGGAGACUCAAGUCCUGCUUUGCUCUAAAGACUACCAGCGUUUGAUGACAGUAGCAGAGGGUGUCACCACCUUGCUGUUCCCAUUCCAGUGGCAGCACAUCUACCUGCCCAUUGUUCCUGCACCUCUGCUUCACCUGCUGGAUGCUCCUGUGCCAUUCCUGAUGGGUAUCCAGCGCAGAGACGGAGCUCAGCGAUCCUCCCUCCACCUUCCUCAUGAGGCCAACCUGUGCUUUGUGGACAUUGAUAACCACUGUGUCGAGGCUCCUGAGGACCUACCUGUGUUUCCAGACCAGAUCGAACUAAUCCAGGAACUGAGUGAGGUGCUUCUACGUUUCGGGCUCCCUCCGCAGGGCGGUGCAGUCACUAAGCCCACCACCACCUCCCCUCGCCUGAGCAGCCUGGUGCUGGAGGAUCUGAUGGAGGACAGAAGGAAUGGGAACCUCGGAGGAGAGGAGCUGGCAGUGCUGGAGAGGCUGCAGGCUCUGGCGCGGAGGUGCGGAGGAGGAAAAAUGUCAGAUGGAGGGAAGACGCUGGGUCACGUAUUUGAGGAGGAGGAGGAAGAGCUGAAGGCAGCGAAACUGAAUAUUCAGCUGAGGGAGGUGUUUGCUGCACGUUUUGCUGCCAUGCUUGGCAGGUAUGAGGACUUUGUCAUCCACAGCGCUCUUGAUUUGGACUCCUGGUUGAGCAACCGAGAGGGGACAUUCAGUUUUGACAAGGGCUCCUUUCUCUCAGUGCAGCCUGCAACCCACUUGCACUUCUUGUCCCGGUUCCUGGAGACAUCCAUGUUUUCUUCUUUUGUGGAUGGGAAGGUGAUAUCACGCUGGGCAGAUAGAGAUCCAAUGCAGCAGCUGUUUGACAACCGUCUGGAGAGGGAACGACUGUAUGACACAGAUGAGGAGGACUUUCGUAAUUGUCGCUACAGGAAAUGCACCUCGCUCUUUGAGUCAGCUCAGACCACUGAGCGCAGACUGCUGAAGGCAGACCACACAGCCAUACACCCCCACCUGCUGGACAUGAGGAUCGGUCAGGGGCGUCACCAGCAGGGCUACUUCCCCAAGCUGCAAGCUGAUGUGCUUGCACAGGGACAAAACACCAACAAGUGGUCCAGUCGUGUUACAGCAUCGCGCCGGACCAACCCCAAGAGAUCAACAGUGACUGAACACUCGGGCGUGGACAAUGAGCAGAGACAGAAGCACACAUACGUGAGGAAGAACCUCCGCCACUCUAAGCUGCUUGACCCAUCGCCUCAUACACUCACUCAGACUCAUCGAGAGUUUGUUGACGGGCUGCUGAGCGAGUGUCGUCUGAAGACCAAGCGGAUGUUGAUGGAAAGGAUGGGGAAGGAGAGUGUGGAACUGGGUCAGGGAGAAGCCAACAUCACAGGCCUGCAGGAGAAUACACUCAUCCACGGUCUGUGUGACCUACUGGAGAGAACCUGGGGCCAUGGUCUGCAGCUGAAACAGGGGAAAUCUGCUCUUUGGUCCCAUCUGCUUCAUUACCAGGCAGCCCAGGGGAAGAUGGAGACACCAGCUGAGUCUCCAGGGUCUGACCAGGGAACAUUUGAUGAUUGCGCUUUGGUCCUGAGAGGCACGUUAAUGCAAGAUAUGAGGUUUAUCCAGACCAUGAGUGAGGGUCUGUCUGAGGUGGGUCAGGCUCGGGCCUGGAUCCACUUGGCUCUGGAGAAGAAAAUGCUAUCCCAACACCUGAAAGAGUUGCUUACAAACCAGGAGCUGCUCAGGCAGCUGUAUAAACCCCAUGCAUUCCUGCUCUGUGAGGAAGAAAGAGAGCAGUUUUUGUUCCACCUGCUCUCUCUUAACACGGUGGACUACCUCUGCUUCACACGCGUUUUUACCUCCAUCAGUAUUCCAUACCGUGUUGUUAUAAUACCCAUGAAGAAGCUGAGCAUUGCCAUGGCAACAGUUAACCCCUGGGUGUGUGUGUCAGGAGAACUGGGUGAUUCAGGAGUUAGACAAUUAUCGAAGAAUACACAAGAAAUUUUUUUCCAGGUUUGUAUCCACUACUUAUCAGUAAGGUCAGCAUCACAUUUGUCAGAGAUACAUGCAGGUUCACACAUUAACCGUGGCUUGUGCUUUUCAUUUCAGUGCAAGAACCUGGGCAGGCUGAGCACCCUGCAGCUGGGACAGGAGAACUCUGGUUUGCUGGCCAAGUGUCUGAUAGACUGUGUGAUGGUGUAUAAUGAGAUAACUGGACACACCUACAAGUUCCCAUGCGGCCGAUGGCUGGGGAAAGGCGUGGGUGAUGGCAGCUUGGAAAGAGUUCUUAUUGGUCAGCUGGUGUCACCUGGUGGUGAGGAGGAUGCUGGAAGGUGGACGGGGACGCCUCCGGAGCUGGCCUCUCCUUCCCAGAGUAUGCGGACAGUGCUGGGAUCACUUGGCAGCCGGAGCAGAAUGCUGUCUGUUGAAGUACAAGAGGACAUGAGAGAGGCAGCAAAUAACCUUGUUAAACAUUUCCACAAACCUGAACAAGAGAGGGGAAACUUGACAGUCUUGUUAUGUGGUGAAGGAGGUCUGGUGCCUUCCUUGGAGAAGUUCCUCCUGCAUGGGUUCAAAUCUAACCGUAUUUUCCAGAGGAAUGUGUUUGUUUGGGACUUUGUGGAGAAGGCAGUGGUUUCCAUGGAGACAACUGAUCAGAUGGGUGACCUGUACGGAUCAACACUGACAAAGGGUCCACCUUGUGACUCACUGUGCCACUAUGUCAGUGCCAUCAAUGCCUCGCCACGAAACAUCGGAAAAGAGGGCAAGUUCCAGUUGUUCGUCUGCCUGGGAAUCAGGGACCGGCUUCUCUCUCAGUGGCUCCCCCUGCUGGCAGAGUUUCCUCUGACAGCACGGAUGUAUGAGGAAGGUGCUCUGCUGCGGGACCCUGCGGCUGUACACUCCCUCUCCCGCAUGCUGCACACACUCAACGAGUUUACCAUCACCCUGGAGGCUGCACUGGUUAAAGGGGUUGACCUCUAACCUCUGACAGAAGAUUGCAAGAGUUCAGCCCCCUUCUCUGUCACCUACUGCAGGAACGCUAAUGUGUUCAAUUAUUCAUCUUUCCAUCUGCGGAAAAAGAAAGUACGCUCGAGAGAUGUGACUUUAUCAUAAAAACUGGACGGUGGACUAGAUAAAGUCAGCGGCAACUCGAGCUCCAAACAUAUUGCCUUGUUCACUGAUGUAAAUGUCUUAUACUGUAUUUGCUUCAGGAAGUAGUCAGAUUUUUCCUACGCUUGUUUACACUGUGAAAUUCUGUUUCCCAAGGAGAAAUAGAGAGUCAUUCAUAAUCUCACAUCUACAGUAGAUACUUUCAUGGCUCACAUCAUUGACUGCACAUGACCCAAGAACAAGUACUCUUUGUCAACUGCUGUAUUGCUUGCACUUGAAUUUUAAAGUAAGCACCUGCAUGGCCAAAAUUUGUUUGUUUUAUGUCUUAGUGUGUUGUGAUCUGAAAUAUCAGGACUCAGGCCUUAUUAUAUAAUCCUUUUUCUUUAGUUCAUUCACUGGAUAAUCUUAGUAAAUAUCCUCAAAAAAGAUAAUGCUCCCACUCUAUAAUGUGUCACAAAAUGUUGGAUCAUUAACCUCAUCUUAUGUUAUGCUUAGUUAUGCUGCGUAACAUCUUGCUUUUGUUGCAUUGUUUAUUUCGAUUUGGGGUUGCAUACUGCAGAGUUGUGCUGGUGGAAUUCUCAGUUGGUGAAACACUGAAACCAAACCGGUGUCCUAAUUGUGUCAGUUCAAAUAGUCUCUGUCACUUUGCCAGAAAACCUUUUUUCCUCUCUCUCAUUGUAAAUAUUUUUGCUUCAUUAGAUCAUCAAUAGAACUGUGCCCAUUUGUUAUUAUGGUAUAAUGAAUUUGUGGCAUAUUUUUCUGUAUAAAGGCAUCUUGUUUGUGUCUGUGUGUAACAAUAGACUCUGCUAUGGACACACUUUACUGGUUAUGUGAAUAAUAGUCCCACUGUUUGUUUCCACACUGCUCUGUUAUCUUCAGACAACGGUUAGAGCACAGGUUCUUACAGACGCUAGGUUUUAUCUUGAUGUCACAUUUAAUUUAACAGUUGAAGAAUAAUGAAAAUGUUGUCUCCUGCACUGUCCUGCAAGCACUACGUAACCCUCAAUGACCAAGCCGCUAUUCGCUAUCAUUUAAAUACAGAUUAGAGAAAGCAAUAAUGAAUUGUUAUUUAUGAAAUGUGUUGUCAAAGAUUAAAGUUAAUAUUGACAUAACUUACAUGUCUUAGUAUUUUUUUUUUUUUCUCUGAGAUGUCUCAAACGAUGUACAACUCUUGGACAGUAAAAUGAUUUUCAGUUCAUUAUACACUCUUCACAUAGGACUUAUUGCCUCUGGUAUUUAUGACUUUUCUACUUCACCAAAUUCAACGCUGACUUAACUACUGUAUACACACUGUGUUUGGCUGAGCCCUCUGACUGAGGCUCAUUAGAUCUGUUUGAGGACGUUGUUGGCAGUGUCACAGUCACCACACCAUACGAGAAGAGAAGGCAUGUGAACGUAU